AUGGCCACCGAUGGUCACGGGAUAUGUGACCAUAACGGGCAGGGUCAGCGGCGUGACCAUAGCGCCUUGGCGGCCGGUCACACGCAAGGGCCCGAGUUAAAAGCGACGACGCUUGUUAGGGUAAUCGUCCAUAAGGCGCGGUCCUUCCCAACCGCGGUUCUGCGGCGGCAUGUCGUCAUAACCUCCACGUGGCAUGUCGUACUGGUCCCUGAAGCCUCCAUCCUAAAG